GCUGAAGACAGGAGUUAGGAUCUUCAUCUGGGUCUCCCAAUGUGAGUACAUUAGUAGAUAGCUGGAUUAGAAGUGGAGCAGCUGGGACUCGAACCAGCACCCAUAUGGGAUAUCAGCACUGCAGGCAGCUGUUUAACCUGCUGUGCUACAGCGCUGGGCCUUGGGCCCUUAAGUAUACUUUUGGCAUAUUUUCAGUAAGUACUAUUUUGGAAAGAAGGGCAAUGUGUAUUAUUAAAGAAAAAUACAUUAUCAAAUGUUAAAUCUAUGUAAGUGUCUGUGUGCCCUAGUAUUAAAUUUAUCAGGAAAUGAAAAUGUUUUAUAUGAGAAACAUAAGAAUUUAUUUUAAACCAUAAUUAUUCAAUUUUGCUUAGCAUAUUUAAAACAACUAUAUCCUGUAGCUAAUAGCUCUGGAAACCCAACUAGCGUAUUUCAUAUUAUUAUAGUCUUAGACUCAUAAGGCAAGGGUUGGCAGAUUACAAUAUGUGGGUCAAAUCCUACCAGUUACUUAUUGUUGUAAAUUUUAUUUUAUUUAGUUUAUUAUUCUGUUCUAUUCUACUAUUGGAAUACAGCCUUAAUCAUUUGUGUCUGUUUUGUCUAUGGCUGCUUUUGUGUUAUAUCAGCAGAGUUGAGUAGCUGCAGCUGAUGCAGUCUCCAAAGCCUAUAAUAUUCACUCUCUGACCCUUUAUAGAGAAAGCUUUAAACCUCUACAUUUAUAAGAUAUUCAAAAUUCUCCAUUUUUUUUCUUUCCCACCCUUCACCACACAAUCUUAUUAAUAAGGUACAUGAGAUCCAGAGAAACCCAUUGAAUAAAUUAAUUGUAUGUCCUGAAAUAGAAGCUAGAUUUCUUAUCUCUUAAUUUAGGACUUUGAAUAAUUCUUUUUUUUUUUUUUUUAAUUUAUUUGACAGGUAGAGUUGUAGACAGUGAGAGAGAGACAGAGAGAAAGGUCUUCCUUCCAUUGGUUCACUCCCCAAAAUAGCCGCCACAGCCAGUGCUUUGCCAGUCUGAAGGCAGCAGCCAGGUGCUUCUUCCUGGUUUCCCAUGUGGGUGCAAGGGCCCAAGCACUUGGGCCAUCCUCCACUGCCCUCCCGUGCCACAGCAGAGAGCUGGACUGGAAGAGGAGCAACUGGGACUAGAACCUGGCGCCCAUAUGGGAUGCUGGCGCCGCAGGCGGAGGAUUAACCAAGUGAGCCACAGCGCCAGCCUGAUUGAAUAAUUCUUUCUUCUUUUUCUUCUCCUUAUCCUCUCUUCCUCUUCCUCUCCUUCUGCUUCUUUCUCAUAUUUAUAGAUACACACGGGUUUUGAUUGAAUUUUGCUCCAGUCUCUUAAUUAUUUCCCACAUGGUGAAUUAGGUUUGUUGGCUAGGAAGGUAUUUCUUUCAAGUUCACAAACAUAAAAUCAAAUCACAGGGCAACUUGCUUUAAAAGACAACAUGUUUACCCAAAUAAUACAUGAUUUUGAGGGCUAUCAUUUAGGAAACCAAUGUCAGUGGACAGAAACCAUUUGUUCUUAACACCUGCUUUUCUGCUUUCCUAACCUUGAUAUUUACUGAAAUUUUCAGGAGUGUAAUUGACCUAUGUGAAGGUAGUUGUUGGUUACCAUGCUAAUUUCCAAAGCUUUAAGACUGAUAGUAAAGCCAUUCAGAAAGUUAAUAGUCAUAAAUUUAAGAGGAAAAAUACUGCCAUAGCAGGUGUUAUUUUAGUGUAGUAUUUAGUUCCUAAAUUUGUUCUUUUAUGUUUUCAAGGUACAAGAACAUGUUGUCAACAUUGACACCCUCUAAUAGCCAAACUGUGACAAAAACUGAAGCCUUCAAGUCUACAAUUUUACUUAUGUAUUAAAGCUUUCCAUCAAUAGGCACAGAUCAUGAUCAUGAAACAGCAGUCCCUGCUGCACAAUGAAAAACACCAUUACCAUUAAAAUCUUAGUCCAGGGGCAGACAUUUGAUGCAGUGGCUGAAAUUGCUGCUUAGGAUGCCUGCGUGCCAUAUUGGAAUGCCUGGUUCAAGUUCCAGCUACUCCACUUCCAAUCCAGCUUGCUGUUUUGUGCAUCCUUUGAGGCGGCAGGUGAUAGUAUAAGUACUAGGGUCCCUGCCACUCACACAGGUGACCUGCAUGGAGUUUUGGGUUCCUGACUUUGGCCUGGCCCUGCACUGUCUGCUGCAAGCAUUUAGGGAGUAAAGCAGGCAAUGAAAUCUCUCCCCCAACCCCCACCUUUCAAAUAAAAAGAAAAUAAACAAAUACAUUUAAAAAUUUUAGUCUGAACAUUAUUCAUUUGUCAUUGGAAUCCUUUCCAAUUUUUAUGGACUAGUUGCUCUGUAAUUGUGGAUGCCAAAAGUGGCAGACUCUCUGGACUCAGACCUAGAUGGUGGUGAUAUGGCUAAAUGCACCAAGAAGGUUACAAUCAUUGGUAAACAGAGGACCAGCCAUGGCACCUCCCUCUGGAAAAUGGUGAAGAUAAUUGAAAUCAGCCAACAUGCCAAGUAUACUUACUCCUUCUGUGGCAAAACCAAGAUGACAAGACAAGUUAUGGGGAUCUGGCAAUGUGGUUCCUGCAUGAAAACAGUAACUGGUGGGGCCUACAUAUACAACACUACUUCCACCAUUACAAUGAAGUCUGCAAUCAGAAGACUGAAGGAAUUGAGAGACCAGCAUUUGAGACAUCAUUAGUCUAUACUUUAUUUAUGGGUUAACUAUGUAACAACAAAAAAAUCAGCAAAAUGUGAUAUUUAAUUGGUGAACUUAUUUUUAAAUUUUAUGUAUUUGUUUGAGAGGUGGAGGGGGGGGUGGUUCCCAUCUACUGGUUCCCUGAAUACCUGUAAUGACUGGGGCUGGGCUCUGCCACAGCUGGUGACUCAAUCCAAGUUUCCCAUAUGGAUAGCAGGAAUCCAGUUAUUCCAGCAAGCUAGAAUUGGGAGCAGAGCUGGGGCUAAAAUCUGGGCAUUCCAAUAUGUCUUGUGGGUAUCUUAGCCAUUAGACCAAAUGCCUGCCAGGAGAGCUUAUUUUAAAUGCAGAUGAUUGGAAUCCACUAGCAGUAUAAUGAAUCUGAAUAUUGGAGUGGGAGCAAAUU